CUCUGCUCAUGCGCAUUCUGUUUACCGGGAGCUUGCUUUUGGGAUCGCAGACGACUUCUAAAUAACACGGCUCGCUAAUGGUCAAGGCUGCUGUGCUUGGAGCCAAUUAGCGCUGGGUCGUCUCCAAAUUGGGGGCGCUCCGUGGACACGAUUUACUCCCUUAUAGUAUGUUGGGUUUUAUGUCUGCUCGUCAAGCAGGUCUGGACGACCCGCUGAGGCUUCGCCGGGCUGAGUCUACCAGGAGGGUAUUGAGCUUGGAGUUGAACAAGGAUAAAGAUAUAGAAAGGAUCCACGGAAGUGGCAUCAGCACUCUGGAUAUUGAAUCAGUCGAAGGACGAUACAUGUUAUCAGGUGGUUCAGAUGGCGUUAUUGUAUUGUAUGACCUUGAAAACCUUAGCGGAAACCAAUGCUAUACAUGCAAAGCACUUUGUUCUGUGGGCAGAAGCCAUCCUGAUGUGCACCAAUUCAGCGUGGAGACAGUACAGUGGUACCCUCAUGACACUGGCAUGUUUACAUCAAGCUCAUUUGAUAAAACACUAAAAAUAUGGGACACAAACACGUUACAACCUGCAGAUGUGUUUAAUUUUGAGACAACUGUGUACAGUCAUCACAUGUCUCCUGUGGCUACCAAGCAUUGCUUAAUUGCAGUUGGUACCAAAAGCCCCAAAGUACAGCUUUGUGACUUGAAGUCUGGAUCUUGUUCUCACAUUCUGCAGGGUCACAAGCAGGAAGUACUAGCAGUAUCUUGGUCACCACGUUAUGAAUAUAUUUUGGCAACUGCAAGUGCUGACAGUAGAGUGAAAUUAUGGGAUGUGAGGAGAGCAUCCGCUUGUCUGACCACUCUUGAUCAACAUAAUGGAGAGAAGUCAAAAGCCUCUUCUGAAACAGCAAAUACUGCCCAUAAUGGGCGGGUUAAUGGCUUAUGCUUUACAAAUGAUGGACUUCACCUUCUGACAGUUGGUACAGAUGACCGCAUGAGGCUCUGGAACAGUUCCAGUGGAGAGAACACACUGCAUGAUGAGCUGCCACCUUCUUCAUCAAGUGAAAGGAACCGUGAUGAUUUGGAACCAACAACUGAACCAAUGUUUACAGUGGUCACAAAAAACCUUUUUCAUGCUAUUUAUUUACUUAUAUACCACCAAAAUUUAGCGCUCCCAGAAGUUUACACAAUAAAAAACAGCACCAAGUUAAAACAUUUAAACUUUUAAAACAAUUUAAAAUAUAAAAUCACUACAAGUUAACUUGAUUGAAACAGCUUGAUUGAAACAGUGCGUCUUAAGUACCUUUUAUUUAUUUUUACAUUUAUAUCCGGUUUUUCCUCCAAGGAACCCAAAGCAAUGUACAUGUUUAUGUUUUUCCUCUCAACAACCUUGUGAGUUAGGUUAAGCUGAGAGAUAAGUGACAAGCCUAGAGUCACCUACUGAGUUUCAUGGCUGAACGGGGAUUUGAACACAAUCUCCCUGGUCCUAUUCAAACACUCUAACCACUACAUCAUGGUGGCUCUUUAAAGGCUGUUUGGUAUGGCAAGGCUUUUAAUUCCAACAGAGAGCACAUUCCUCAGCUUCAGAGAAUGCCCAGCUAUGGCAGGCAUGGGGGAGAGGGAGCAUCCCAUGGAAAUAUCCCUGAUCCUAUUCACUUUAAUCAAACUGUCAUCCUAAAAAUUGGACACUUUAGGACAAUUCCACUACAUACAGCAGAAUGCACUAUAUGUUAUAAUAUGCUCUACAGUAUGUGGAGGAGUUGUACAGUUUCAAAUUUUAGGGAUGACUUUUUAAUUAAAAUUAGUAGGAUGGUUGGGGUCCCAGAUACCAAAGGAUCUGGAGUUACAUCUGCUUAAUGUUGAUAUAAAGGCACAGCGUGCCAUCCAUAAAGACUCGAAGUUAUAACUUUGAAUAGCCACAAAAUUAAUGAUAAUCAGAGGCUGGAAAACUGAGAUUCUCACUCAUAAGAAUCACUGGACUCACAAGCCAAUUCAGAUAUUAUGUUGUACUAGUAUGUGUAAGCCCGUUGUAAUAACGGGCUCUAGUGGGGGGGGGGUUUCCUGCUGUCGCCUCACCCGCCUCGGGCGCACUCCUUGGGCCGACACCUCCGCCGCCGCCUCGGGCGCUCUCUCCGCCCGCUGUUUCUUGUGGCGGCGGCCGCCGCCAUCGGAGCCAGUCGCCCUGCCACGGCCACCGCCUCCUUGGCCUGCACUCCUUUGGCCGAGGCCGCGGCUCCGCCGCCGCCUCGGCCGCACUCUCCGCCCGCUGCUUCUGCUCCUUCUGGUCUCCCGUGGCGGCGGCCGCCGCCAUCGGGGCCAGUCGCCCACCGGCGGCCGGGUCCAACAUGGCCGCCCAUCUCCGCGCAUGCCCAGAACGGGCGAAAAAGACACAGGCGGCACGGACGCACGCCCAAGGCUUUUAUGGGUAAGGAUGAGUAUACUGAUGUAAGUACAGUUGUACAUGUUUUUGUGUGAAUGACUGUACCAAUGUUCAUAUUAAAAGUGAGCUUGGGUACAGGCCCCUCAAAUGCAUGGUACAAAUAGGAAGUGUAAUGAUGUACCUGUGUUCGACAUAACAUGUGAAUGAUUAUAGCUGUGUACAGAUCUGUACUUGUGUACACUGUAUACUCAUAGUACGUUGAAGAUAACAUGGGCCUACACAGUCUGGUUUAUUUUGCUGACUGAAAGAAAUCCACAAAGUUAGUGAUCAGAAGAAGCAAAAAUGGUCCAGCUGAAUUCAUAUGGUUUGAUUGUCAUUUCUACAAUAUAUUGAAGUUCCCAAUGGCAUAUAAUCAAUCUGAAUCCCUCCACCAUGCAUCUAUAAUAUAAUAAAAUAAAUAAAUAAAUAAAUAAAAAUAUUUCUUCGAUUUCUUUUUGAUUGGAUUUCUUGGUGGAGGUAUUUGUUCCUUUUGUUGUUUGAUUUAUUUUAAAGCUAUAUUUUAUCUUUUGUGAUUUAGUCCCCAUUUAUAUUUUCUUCCUGUAUUUGUUGACAUUAUUGUGAGGGGUUUUUAAAAGUUAGUUUUUUUAUAUAAUUUCUUAUUUGGAAAUUGUUUUUGUUUUUAAAAGAGGGGUCUAUAUUCAUGUAACCUGGUUGCUUUACAUUCCCCCCACCUCCACCCCCCGAUCCAAUUCUCACAUUUUAAAAUAAUAAAGUACCUUGGAGCUAUACACUGUGUAAAACUGAAAUGGGGAAGAAGGUUGUUGUAGGAUGGGUGGGAGGGAGAACUCUGCAGGAUACAUUCAGUACAGCUAUUGGAAAUGAGUUGUCAUUUUGAAAUACACAGAAAUAUCAACAGGUACCAGCUUUUCUGACAUAAGGGACUCAUUUUAUAAUCUUGCAUCUUUACAGGUGAAUUAUGGGAAGGUGUGCAAUGAAAGUAGAAAAGGAAUCAAAUUCUCUGUAUCUCGUGGCUGCAGUCCAGAAUUUGCAUUUGUGCCAUGCAGUAGCACUGUUGCUAUUUAUACAAUUUACUCAGGAGAGCUAAUAACUAU